AUGACACUCAAAUUAAACCUCGAGUUGGACUCCCUUCCCUACACAAUCCACCGCCUCCCACCGACCACCCCCGCAUCCGCCUAUCUCCCCCUCCUCGACAACCAAGCCUGGUACAGCAUCACCAAGACAGCCGAAGAAAUCUCCCUCGUCAUCUCUCACGCCUACCCUUCCUCCUCCACCCUCCUCCCGAACGACGAGCACAAAAUCUCCCCUUCCUGGAGAUGCUUCAAGGUUGCCGGACCCUUGGAUUUCAGUCUGGUCGGGAUUAUGGCCAACUUGUCCGGUGCUUUGGCGGAAGAGAAGAUUUCGGUGUUUGUUGUUAGUACUUAUGAUACGGAUUACAUUCUUGUCAAGGAGGAUAAGGCUCUGGAGGCGAAACGUGUCUUUGAAAGCAUUGGUCAUUCCGUUGCAGUCCUUUGA